GUUGGAGGCAGCAGGGUCAGGAUCCUCUGAAAGCUAAAUACCAGGUAUUCGCUGCCUGUGGGAUUUCUUACCCCUUGGCUGGACUUGGGAAUAGCUGUGCUGGUCUGGAUGUGCAGAGCUCCCAGCAUGAAGACCCUCCUGCUGUUGGCAUUGAUCCUGGCUUUUGGCCUGCUGCAGACCCACGGCGCUUUGUGGAAUUUUGGAAAAAUGAUUGCGAAAGUCACAGGAAAGAACCCGAUCACCGAUUACAGCUUCUAUGGCUGCUACUGUGGCUAUGGAGGCAAAGGAUCUCCCAAGGAUGCAACAGACCGGUGCUGUUUUGCGCAUGACUGUUGCUACCGCCGUCUGAUGAAAAAGGGGUGUGGAACUAAAGGUCUGAACUACGAUGUUACUUACAGUGGAAGCCAAAUCAUCUGUGCCAAACAGAGCUCGUGUAGAAAACAACUGUGUGAGUGUGAUAAAAAGGCUGCCCUCUGCUUUAAGAAUAACAAGAAAAGCUACAAUGGGAAGUACCGAUACUAUAACAAUAAGAAGUGUAGUGGGAAGGCCCCCAAAUGCUGAAAACCUGUGGAAAUCUGCCACAAGGUGCUGAUUCCUUCUCUCACACUCCCUCUACAGACCCUUAUUGAGUUGCCUGGAAAUUUCAACUAAGUAUAAAUGAUUUUGAUAUUUGAAUAAAAAAAGAA